AAAACCUUACAUAUCUCUUUUUACAAAACAACUUAAUAAACCAUGUUAGAAGGCAAAUUUGACGAAGCUUCGUUAUUGAAAAAGAUCGUGGACUCCAUCAAAGACAGUGUCAAGAUGUGCAACAUCAAUUGUACUGAGCACGGGUUGACUGUGCAAGCAGUGGAUGACUCCAGAGUGUUGUUGGUAUCAUUAUUGGUGGGACAAAGUGCCUUCACUGAAUACAGAUGUGACAGAGACAUCACGUUGGGAAUCGAAUUAGACAGUUUCGGAAAGAUCUUGAGAUGUGGAAACAACGAAGACUACUUAACUUUGUUGGCUGAAGACAAGCCUGACAGUGUCAUGGCUAUUUUCGAAGAUAAGAAGAAGGAAAGAGUCAGCGAAUAUUCGUUGAAGUUGAUGGAUAUUGAUAGUGAAUUCUUGAACAUUGACGACAUGGACUAUGAUGCGGUCAUAACAAUGCCAUCCACUGAAUUCGGUAAGACCGUAAAGGAUUUGAAGAACUUGAGUGAAUCGUUGAACAUCGUUGUCACCAAAGAUUCCGUCAAAUUGUCGAGUGAAGGUGAAAGUGGCAGUGGUUCUGUUGUGUUGAAGCCAUAUAGUGACAUCGACCACCCUGAAGAAACUAUCAGUAUCAACUUGGAUAACCCAGUUGAUUUGACGUUUGGAUUGAAGUACUUGGGGGAUAUUAUUAAGGCCACUAGUUUGUCUUCUUCCAUCACCAUCAAGUUGGCCGACAAAACUCCUGCUUUGUUUGAAUACAAGUUAGACGCUGGUGGAUACUUGAGAUUCUACUUGGCUCCUAAGUUUGACGAAGAUGAGUAGUUUAUUAUAAUAGUAAUACAUGCAGAAAUCAUUAUAUACAAAGGGCAAGGGCGGUCACGUGCUGACGGGCUCCGGUAACUGGUCGAGGAAGGCGAUGCGCUUGAAGGCCCGGUCGCUCACCGGGAGAAUUAGACGAAACGCAUCGUGGGUGCUCAAGUAGUAUUUAUACAACCGUUUCACCCGCAUGAACCCUAAGCUUUCAUAGAGCCGGAGAGCACCCUUGUUGAUGACCUCGGUCUCCAAGCUGAUCUCGUCCACGUGAUCGGCCUCGAUCAUGGCGUCUAUAGUCAACUGCACCAAUUUUUUGGCGAUACCCUUCUUGCGGUAUAUGGGAUCAAUCACCAACAUUCCAAUGUAGCCCCGGGUCCGGACGUUCCGGUGGAGGUUGAUUUUGGAGAUGAUCACGCCGACGACGGUGUCGGCCAGAUCCUUGGUGAUAUAGCAGUAUUGGGGCCAGGUAUUUAGAAAAUACCAGUAGACGUAGAUGGAGUAGGGCUCACUGAGAUGGUCAGCAAUGAGGUUCAGGAUGAUGCGGAACUGGUUUUGGGAGGCGGGAUUGAACCGCUGGUAACGAAGGUUGCCGACGGUGGCCACUAAACCGUAGUCAUCAGUGUCUUUGAACAGGCCGGAAGAGUCCAUUGGAGAAUAGGGCCAGUU